AUGGUUCCAUGCGGACAGUUGAAGGAAUAUCUUGAUUCCUUACCAACGUUCAAUCGCAAAUGCAUGCUUCGAAAGGGGAUAGAAGUCCACAAAAUCUAUGUCGACAUGACUAAAGGUGAAACGUUUCUUGAUGACCAAUUUGCUUACACAGAAUUUGGCCGCAUGGUUUUGACGAAUGGAAGUAUUCGUGCUGGGCGAGUAAAGAAUGCCAAGCAGAUUGUCGUUGCCAGGGAAACACUGUAUUGCAGUGGAACCACGGCAUGUAAGCGGGCAUGCGGAAGCUACGGAUUGUGCUUACCAGGCUGCGACAAAACGAAAAUGCGAGGCCACCGUUGUUCAUACAGAAUCAAGCUCACCCAGAUGCUUGGCUUCGUCAAUUUCUGGUUUGUUGAGGAGCUUGGAAGUCAUGAUCAACUUAACGGAAAAGACUGCGAUUUCAAAGUUAACUCCCAGCAUGCCUCAAUGGUGUCUGAUUCCAAACUUACAGACUUUACAAGCUCUUUCAAAGUAAAGCUUCCAACCAUUCCAAAAUCCCCCCGAAAGCUUGCUCCGAAGCCUUUUAAGAAACUCACCGCUGAGAAAGGACAAGGAAAUGGAAAAAUGGACCCAGCUCGGCCUGAUUCAAAUACCGAUGCUACAACUUACAAUUAUGUGCUGGGUUCAAUUCCCAACAGUGAAUCAGCUGAAGAACUUACUUUGCAAGCUGCGGGCCAAACCUUGCCAUCUAUGUUACAACCAGUGCCAUCUCUGACCCCAGCAAUGAGCUCAAUGCUGCAAGCAAAUCUCAUAAACUACAUGACCUCCAUGACAAACUUAGACAUUCCUGUGUCUAACGCUUCCAACUUAAACCUUAUAAACCCUUCUCUAGUCAAUAUUAAACAAGAACCGUCCAGUCAUGACUUACAGAGCCAGAAUGUACUCGCGUUUUCUCAAGCAUUCCCCUUGAUAGCUCCGCCUCUCCUGUUUUCACUCCAGGGACCAAACCCAGGUCCCUCUAGUCAGAGCAGCCACUCCCCCUCACAGAGCAGCAGCCAAGGUCACAAGGAGAGGUCACCAUUUGCAAGAGACCAAAAUGCCAAUAUUCAAAAAUCACUAGAUAUAGAGGCAAAAAUCAAAAGAGAAGCCUCAGGUCGUGUACAGGCAAAUCAUGAAACACUUGGACAGGUUCAAAACAGAAUUAUGGAGAGAGCAAAAAGUCGUAAAAGCGCUCACACAAUGCGUGUCCCACAGAGGAAUGAGACAAAUGUAAUUGACUUAUCGAAAAAUGUGAAUGAUAUAAAGCAGGACAACUUUUCUGUCACAAAAGAGGGUUUAUGUGGAAAGCGCUCCAUUGAUGAUCUCAUAGACCGAAAGGUUAUGUCAUCUAAGACAUUCAAACGUCUUCAGACACUAAACCAUGUGAUCCAGAGCGAUGUCUUCCAAAAAGCAAAAAAUAGGCUUGAGAAAAAUAAUGUGGCAAAUCUUAAGAGUGGUUCUGAAGAAAUUGCUCUUAAUUUAACAACACGCAAUUCACAAUUUUCAAAAUUCGAUUCUGACCAACAGACGGAUACCCAACAAAGUUAUUUCAAGCUGGCCGGCUUGUACACCAUACGUCAUGUAGCACUGAAGGUCAUGUACCUCGGCCACGACUACACAGGAUAUGCUGGCACAGAGGAAGCAGAGCACACCAUUGAACGUGACAAGACCACGGAGAUAAGGUACUGCCACGUGCUGAACAGGAACCUGCCACGGGACAUCAGGGUGCUGGCCUGGGCGCCUAUAGACCCAGACUUCAGUGCGAGGUUCAGCUGCAGGAGAAGAACGUACAAGUAUUUCUUCCCCAAAGGAGACCUUAAUAUACUGCUCAUGGAAGAAGCCGGCAAAAAAUUGAUUGGCGAAUAUGACUUCCGCAACUUCAGCAAGUUCAAUGUUAAAAAUGGCAUUACAAACUAUGUUCGAAAAAUCAUGGAGGUUGAAGUCAAGACUCUAGAUGAGACCGAUGACGGAUUCACAAUGUACGAACUCACGAUCGUCGGGAGGGCAUUCCUGUGGCAUCAGAUUCGCAGCAUCUUCUCUGUGCUGUUCCUUGUUGGCAAAGGGAAAGAAUCGGUUGAAGUGGUUGAUGAACUUCUGAACAUUGAGAAAAAUCCGCGUAAGCCGCAAUAUAACAUGUCAUCUGACGCGCCUUUGUGCUUGUAUGACGCUGACUUUGGAGGAGAAUUUGAGUGGAUUUACGAAGCUGAAUGCCAUGAAGACAACCUCACCUCCCUCCAGCAGCUUUGGGCUGAGCAUUCCGUCAAAGCAACAAUGGUGAAGAGCAUGCUGAAUGACCUUGAGAAAGCUAAAGUGGAAACAGACUGUGACAUUGCGCCCUGGUGUGAUCUGAGUCACCCUUUACUGAUGCAGUCUGAAUGGCUCGUAGAAGACAGGAAUCCUAAGGUGCUGAUGGAGAGACAGGGAGGCUUGACCCUUGACGAGAUGAUAGCAUCACAUGAGUCGAGAAAACAGCGAUGGAGAGAAAAUGCUGAAAUUGAAGUGCAGGACGAUAGCAGUGAAGAGGAGAUUACGUCACGGAAACGUCAACGGCUUGAAAUUGAUAAGCCUAGCCACAUAGAUGAUAAGCCAUUUUGAACAUUAGAUAAACCCAAGUCCGGAGAGAAUAAGGAUCCUCACAUAAUUUAUGGAGAAAACAAUAAAGAAGAUGAUGACACUGUAAGGGACAUUGAUGGAGAAACUACUGAUAUGAAGGCUGAUAAAGAUAUCUGCGAUUCUAAAACCUCUCUUAAAGAUAAUGGGGAGGAAAACUUGGAGACAUCAGAGAAUGGUAUGAAAGGAGAAGAGAAAGUGAGAAGAAGUACACAAAAAGAGAUUGGGGAAAGCUCAGUUAUAAGUCAAACUGGGGAAUGAGUCAUUUCCUUUGAUAAUUGUCAUGAGAAAUUCUCAGUCCAAUGAUUAAUUUGAAAAAUAAGAUGUUAAUCAGGAUAUUGUUGUAGAAUACAUUGAAAUUUAUUUGCAAGGAUUAAUGCUAUUGAGAAUUUUGAAACAUGGAUAUAAUGGAAUCGUGUUGAAAUACAAACUGAUUGAGAAAAGUUAUUUCAUUUUUAAAUUUACUGUACAUCAGGUAACGAUACUGACCAAUUUGACAGAGAAUAUCUCACGACAAACACAGAGGUUAAUAAUGACACAUAUUACUUGAUGACUUAUACUGCAAUAAGACAUGGACUCAAGCUGCUCAAGGUAUAGGAAAGGCAAAGUGUUAGAGAAGAACCUGGAUGAAGACUUUUACCAGUUGUAUGGUAGAAGGGUGAUAUUUGGUGAUCAUUAUUCCAAUGUCAAGGCAAGUUGUUAGAAUUAGAGAGGAGAGCGUAGUGGAGAAGGUCAAGGUUAAUGGUGUUUAUGACACUGAGGUCAAUGUAUGGAGAAAGGGACAUUGAAAAGGUCAUGGUCUUAGAUGAAAAACAAGGUCAAUGUUGUUCAUCACUCUAAGGUCAAGGUCUGUUAUUCAAGUCAGAGUGGAGAGAAGGUCAUGGCUUCAGAGAAAAAAAAACAAGAUCAAGGGUUUUCAUUACGCUUAAGGUCAAGGCCAGAAUUUCAUGUUAGAGAGGAGAGAAUAGUUGAAAAGGUCAAAGCUGUGGAAAAAAGAAACAAAACAAACAAGGUUUUUAUCAGUGGAGUUGUAUAUAAUGGGUGCUAUACAUUGUAUGUUUGAGGUUCAUUACCCUAUGUGUGUACGGUCAAGGCCAGUAGUUUGCAUUUAACCAUGUGAGCCACUGCAGUUGGACCAAAAUCAAAUGAAUUGAACUGAUAUUCAUCAUUAAUCUGUCACAUAGAAUUGAGUUAAGCAUGUUUACCUUGUUUUCUUGUACUCUAGAUAUAUGGAGUUAUUGAGCAUAUGUCAGGCUUUUUUGUGUUGUGGUAAUUUUGACCACUAUUUUGGUUAAGUGCUUUCUGUGUGUAUUGGUUGCUGUUGAUUGCCUUAUUUUAGAGAGGCACUUUUUUCAGAUUUGUUAGUUCUGGUCAAUUUUACAAGGCCAUUAUUUAAUUUUUUCGAAAGCACUGAUAAAUUGAUUAAUUCGCUAGGUUUUAUAUUUGUGGUCUGCUGUUGCAUGAAAACUAAACCCUCCCAAAAUGCAACAUCAUUGAGGGUUGCUUGUAGAAAAAGAAAUAAAUCCGUUUGGUCUGCUGGAACUUACAACAGCCUUGCUGGAGGUCUUCAAUAUGUUUUUUUUUUAUCAUGAUCGUGAAUUUUAUAUAAAAAAAAUUGAAAUAUGUAAAAUGUGUGUUUUACACAUUGUCUUCUGUUUUAUUGGUUUGUUAACUAAAUUUAUAUUUUAUGUUAUGUUGCCAUGGAAAUGGGACCAUUGUUUACAUUGUAUACUUCCAUUGUUGUUGAUAAAGCAUUAGAAUAUAUGAAUAUUGAUAUUAAUACUCCUGCAAAAUAAGUUUGAAGGGAGGCGGUAUAUUGAAAGUCAUCAUAGGAUUGGUCUGUUGGGGGGAUAGUCAGUUGGCAAACAAUUGUGGAGCGAACGACUCCCAUAGUUUUAGAGAUAUCUCUGUGAUCUUAGGUACACAUUUCCACCAUGAUGGUUAAUUAUUGCCUUAUAUAUUUUUCGUGGCCUGUCAUCAUCUCGUCUUACACUUUCAGUUACAUGCCCGAAAGUAUCAUUUUUGGGCUAUAAUGGGGUUUGUGGAGUGACAACUCCCACAGUUUAAUAAGAGGGUUUACUCUGAUUCUUGUUUAAUUGGUUGAAAUUACCAUUAUUAUUAAAAAGUAUUUGAAAGUAAAUGACGAAUACAAAAAUCUUGUUGAGAGAAUUUACAGUAACUGUCAUGAUAUUUUAGAAAAAGUAAUUUUUCCAAGAGCUACCUGCAGUUCAGUUUAAGCUUUAUUAAGGAGUUUAAUACCGUUGAUGCACGUUCUUUUGUCAUAAAGUAUUUAAGUACUGAACAAAGUGUAAUCCACUUUACCCACUUUUUUCACUGUUUUUCGUGUGUGUGUUAUCUAUCCUAGUAUAUUAUGUACAGUACAAUGGUAAAAGAGUGGAGAUGUAGACUAUACCACAUUUGAACGUUUUAGUGUAUUAUCGACACGGUUAAGACGGUAAAGGAGUGAAGAUGUAGACUAUACCACAUUUUAAUGAUUUAGCGUAUUAUCGACACGGUUAAGACGGUAAAGGCGUGAAGCUGUACAUUAUACCACAUUUUAAUGUCUUAGUGUAUUAUCGACUUGCUUGGUCAAAGGGUACAUCAGAAUGUAGAUAUUUUGUGUUGUGGACGUGUAGCUAAUUUUGAAUGUUAAAUGUUGCCGAGGUAGUCUUUAUCAUUCCAAAUAUACAUUUUCAGAUCACGUUGUAUUUAAAUUGUAAUGUAUACACUCAUUAAGGUACUCACCAUGGCAUGGUCUCGCAGUAUUCAUGUUCAGGUAAGCCAUCCAUCAUCAGGAUGCAAAGAUGUGUUAGUGCAUUAAGGUAAGCCAUUAAUCAUUAGGAUGCAAAGAUGUGUUAGUGCAUUAAGGUAUGCCAUCCAUCAUAAGGAUGCAAAGAUGUGUUAGUGCAUUACGGUAAGCCAUCCAUCAUAAAGAUGCAAAGAUGUGUUAGUGCAUUAAAGUACGCCAUCCAUCAUAAGGAUGCAAAGAUGUGUUAGUGCAUUACGGUAUGCCAUCCAUCUUAAGGAUGCAAAAAAGAGAAAGUGCAUUAAGGUAAGCCAUCCAUCAUAAGGAUGCAAAGAUGUGUAAGUGCAUUAAGUUAAGCCAUCCAUCAUAAGGAUGCAAAGAUGUGUUAGUGCAUUACGGUACACCAUCCAUCAUAAGGAUGCAAAGAUGUGUUAGUGCAUUACGGUAUGCCAUCCAUCAUAAGGAUGCAAAGAUGUGUUAGUGCAUUACGGUACACCAUCCAUCAUAAGGAUGCAAAGAUGUGUGAGUGCAUUAAGGUAAGCCAUCCAUCAUAAGGAUGCAAAGAUGUGUGAGUGCAUUACGGUACACCAUCCAUCAUAAGAAUGCAAAGAUGUGUGAGUGCAUUACGGUACACCAUCCAUUAUAAGGAUGCAAAGAUGUGUGAGUGCAUUAAGGUAAGCCAUCCAUCAUAAGGAUGCAAAGAUGUGUUAGUGCAUUACGGUAUGCCAUCCAUCAUAAGGAUGCAAAGAUGUGUGAGUGCAUUACGGUAUGCCAUCCAUCAUAAGGAUGCAAAGAUGUGUUAGUGCAUUACGGUAAGCCAUCCAUCAGAAGGAUGCAAAGAUGUGUAAGUGCAUUACGGUACACCAUCCAUCAUAAGGAUGCAAAGAUGUGUGAGUGCAUUAAGGUAAGCCAUCCAUCAUAAGGAUGCAAAGAUGUGUAAGUGCAUUACGGUACACCAUCCAUCAUAAGGAUGCAAAGAUGUGUAAGUGCAUUAAGGUAAGCCAUCCAUCAUAAGGAUGCAAAGAUGUGUAAGUGCAUUAGGAUACGCUAUCCACCAUAAGGAUGCAAAGAUGUGUAAGUGCAUUACGGUACACCAUCCAUCAUAAGGAUGCAAAGAUGUGUAAGCGAAUUAAGGUAAGCCAUCCAUCAUAAGGAUGCAAAGAUGUGUUAGUGCAUUACGGUACACCAUCCAUCAUAAGGAAGCAAAGAUUUGUAAAUGCAUUAAGGUAAGCCAUCCAUCAUAAGGAUGCAAAGAUGUGUGAGCGAAUUAAGGUAAGCCAUCCAUCAUAAGGAUGCAAAGAUAUGUUAGUGCAUUACGGUACACCAUCCAUCAUAAGGAAGCAAAGAUGUGUAAGUGCAUUAAGGUAAGCCAUCCAUCAUAAGGAUGCAAAGAUGUGUUAGUGCAUUACGGUAUGCCAUCCAUCAUAAGGAUGCAAAGAUGUGUUAGUGCAUUACGGUAUGCCAUCCAUCAUAAAGAUGCAAAGAUGUGUGAGUGCAUUACGGUAUGCCAUCCAUCAUAAGGAUGCAAAGAUGUGUUAGUGCAUUACGGUAAGCCAUCCAUCAGAAGGAUGCAAAGAUGUGUAAGUGCAUUACGGUACACCAUCCAUCAUAAGGAUGCAAAGAUGUGUGAGUGCAUUAAGGUAAGCCAUCCAUCAUAAGGAUGCAAAGAUGUGUAAGUGCAUUACGGUACACCAUCCAUCAUAAGGAUGCAAAGAUGUUUAAGUGCAUUAAGGUAAGCCAUCCAUCAUAAGGAUGCAAAGAUGUGUAAGUGCAUUAGGAUACGCUAUCCACCAUAAGGAUGCAAAGAUGUGUAAGUGCAUUACGGUACACCAUCCAUCAUAAGGAUGCAAAGAUGUGUAAGCGAAUUAAGGUAAGCCAUCCAUCAUAAGGAUGCAAAGAUGUGUUAGUGCAUUACGGUACACCAUCCAUCAUAAGGAAGCAAAGAUGUGUAAAUGCAUUAAGGUAAGCCAUCCAUCAUAAGGAUGCAAAGAUGUGUGAGCGAAUUAAGGUAAGCCAUCCAUCAUAAGGAUGCAAAGAUAUGUUAGUGCAUUACGGUACACCAUCCAUCAUAAGGAAGCAAAGAUGUGUAAGUGCAUUAAGGUAAGCCAUCCAUCAUAAGGAUGCAAAGAUGUGUUAGUGCAUUACGGUAUGCCAUCCAUCAUAAGGAUGCAAAGAUGUGUUAGUGCAUUACGGUAUGCCAUCCAUCAUAAAGAUGCAAAGAUGUGUUAGUGCAUUACGGUACACCAUCCAUCAUAAGGAUGCAAAGAUGUGUAAGUGCAUUACGGUACACCAUCCAUCAUAAGGAUGCAAAGAUGUGUAAGUGCAUUAAGGUAAGCCAUCCAUCAUAAGGAUGCAAAGAUGUGUAAGUGCAUUACGGUACACCAUCCAUCAUAAGGAUGCAAAGAUGUGUUAGUGCAUUACGGUAUGCCAUCCAUCAUAAGGAUGGAAAGAUGUGUUAGUGCAUUACGGUAUGCCAUCCAUCAUAAGGAUGCAAAGAUGUGUUAGUGCAUUACGGUACACCAUCCAUCAUAAGGAUGCAAAGAUGUGUAAGUGCAUUACGGUACACCAUCCAUCAUAAGGAUGCAAAGAUGUGUAAGUGCAUUAAGGUAAGCCAUCCAUCAUAAGGAUGCAAAGAUGUGUAAGUGCAUUACGGUACACCAUCCAUCAUAAGGAUGCAAAGAUGUGUUAGUGCAUUACGGUAUGCCAUCCAUCAUAAGGAUGCAAAGAUGUGUUAGUGCAUUACGGUAUGCCAUCCAUCAUAAGGAUGCAAAGAUGUGUUAGUGCAUUACGGUAUGCCAUCCAUCUUAAGGAUGCAAAGAUGUGUUAGUGCAUUAAGGUAAGUCAUCCAUCUUAAGGAUGCAAAAAAGAGAAAGUGCAUUAAGGUAAGCCAUCCAUCAUAAGGAUGCAAAGAUGUGUAAGUGCAUUUUAGAUAUUGACAACGAGAUUAUUUCUAUGUUUAAUCUAUAUUCCUGAACCAUCAUUUUAUUUUAUGGAUUUCAUUUUUGAAUAACACCAUAAUGAUGCUACUAUUAUAAUAUGAUUAAAGGGAGGUAAUAUAACAUUUAUGUUAUGAGGUAAUAUAACAUUUAUGUUAUGAUAUAUUAAAGGGAGGUAAUAUAACAUUUAUGUUAUGAUAUAUUAAAGGGAGGUAAUAUAACAUUUAUGUUAUGAUAUAUUAAAGGGAGGUAAUAUAACAUUUAUGUUAUGAUAUAUUAAAGGGAGGCAAUAUAACAUUUAUGUUAUGAUAUAAUAAAGGGAGGUAAUAAAACCAAAUUUAAAUAUGAUUAUUCAGCAAUUUUAUUAAUAUAAUUAUUUAAUAAAAUAAUGUCUAUAUUAAAAUGCUUUAACUAAAAAGAAACUGGAACUUAACGUUUUGUAACUUUUAAACAAAACUUUACCAGUAUCAAUUUGUUCCAUUGAUGUUGGAUGGAUUACCUUAAUAAACUUUGUAUGUAACAUCUUGCUGUUUACUGAAUCUAUAUUAUACAUUUUGAAACAGAAUAUAAGGUAACAUGUGCCAAACAUCACAGAUAUACUUGUAUGCAUCAUACUAUUGCUUCAAGAAAUCAUUAAAUUCAAACAUUGCUGAAUGUUGUUACAAUUUAUAAAAAUCAGCAAUGUAUACUUUUCUAGUAAGUUCAGCAUUAUGUAAUGGUCAAAGGUUACCUGGCUUAGUGUUUGAGAUUAUCUUUUGUCUAAUUGUCUUUUGUCAAUAAUGGCUGACUGCAGAUUUACAGAUUUGAGGAAUAAUACCAUCCUAUUCGACAAAAUAUAAUUUCAAACACUAUUUUUUUAUCACUUAAACAUCAGAUAUAAAUAGAUAUUAUAUGCUGUGCGAUGUCAAACUUACGAUUUUUACUCAAUGUGCUUUUUCAGAGAGGUGCUUUUAUAUGAUGUUUUAGAUAUUUGUAGAAUAAUUUUAUGGAUUAAAAUUUACUCACAGAAUUGUUGUUUGAGAUUUUUCAGAAAUUACCAUAUUCAAUUAUUGGUAUUUAUAGUCUAGUCAUAUAGUUAACUGUCUGUAUUGUUUAAUUGUUGGAUAUGGUGUUAUGUACAUAUUUACAUGUUUUAAUAUUUUAAAAAAGAUUGUAAAAAAGAAAAGCAAAGUUAUUUAGUAGAAAUGUUACAGUUUCAAUGAGAUGUUUAAAAUAUAUAAGUCUGGUGAAGUGUGUUUUUUACAGAGUUUUAAAAUUUAUCCUAGCUCUGUUUACUGUAUUGAUUGAUAUUUUUAGCAUUUAAAACAUUCUGGUCCGUUUCCUUGGAUGCGUCUUGUGUUUGUCAGUAACUUAUUUGGCAUUGAAUAAAACAUCAAAAUAUU